CAGACAGACACAUCAGGCAGCAUGAUACCCGGAAUUGAGCCCGUGACAACCACGGCCCUCAUCUUCGGCGGAUGCUGUACCAAUGUCUUUACUCUCGAAACCAUUGUGAAAGUGGAGCCGGGCAGUGGUCUCAUCAUCACAUUCCUCCAAUUCCUCUUCGUUACCUUUUUCGCCUACCCGAGUCAAUUCUCCUCCUCUUCCUCCUCCUCCUCGUCGGGAGCGGAAUCUUCCUUAUUAUUACAACGACCGAAAGUUCCGAUGCGAAGAUGGGCGUUUAUCGCUUUCAUGUUUUUUGGGAUUAAUAUGCUGAAUAAUUGGGCUUUUGCCUACAAUAUCAGUGUGCCCGUGCACAUCAUCUUGCGCAGUUUUGGAAGUGUCACGACCAUGAUUGCGGGCUUUGUGCGCGGGAAACGAUAUAGCCUGUUGCAGGUGUUGAGUGUGGUGUUGCUUACCGUGGGAGUGUUGAUUAGUGCUUGGGCGGAUUCGCAGAGAAAGGGCAAGAAAAUGUCAUACGAAUCUCAUACCUCAUCUUCCGACUACACCGAAGGUCUCGCCAUCCUCCUUCUCGCGCAGUUCCUUUCCGCAUACAUGGGGGCAUACACCGAAGACACGUAUGCCCGAUUCGGAGCCAGCUGGACGGAAAACCUCUUUUACUCUCAUGUUCUGAGCUUGCCAUUCUUCCUCCCUCUUUCCGGCACCCUACGCAAUCAAUACCACCGACUGGCAAACACACCCUAUCUCGACGUGCAGCGCUCCGGACUCCACAACUUUGUGCAACAAAACCAAGGAACUUCCAUCGGCGACCUCAUGGGUCACAUCCUAUCCUAUGCCGCUCGCACCCCGCAAGGCAUCUUCUACCUCGUCAUCAACGCUUUCACGCAAUUGAUCUGCAUCUCCGGAGUCAAUCUCCUCUCAUCCAAGUCUUCCGCUGUCACGGUGACCAUCGUGUUGAAUAUCCGCAAAUUGGUCUCGUUCAUCCUCAGCACCUUGAUUUUCGGCCACAGUCUGAAUCCCCUGAUGAUUUUUGGCUCCACCCUCGUCUUUGGUAGUGGCGCCUUGUAUGGAUGGGAGACGAGUUGGAGAAUUCCUCAGCAGAAGGCUCGGGCGCAAGCACGCGUUGAUGGUAGUGGUAGUGGUGGUGCUGGGAAUGAUGAGAAGAAGAAGCUGAAGAAGACUUAGAAGACUAUAUAAAAGUACCUUACGUACCUAGGUCAUGGUAAGGUAACGGUAAAAUCCUUGCCCGUUUCUUUUUGUAUACCUACCUUAUGUAUAUGUGUAUGAAUACCUAUGUAGAUACCGGUA